UCGAUAAGGGUAAUUUUAGAACUACGAGUGAUAAUCGAAAUGACACCGAUUAUAGGACAAUUGGUAGUAACGAUGAACAAACCAUGGAUAAUGCUGGGAUUUUGAGGGAUAGAAGUGUUCAGAAAGAUAAAAUUGAUAGGGUUACCCAGGAAAAUGAGACAGACUUAGAUUCCGUAAAUCUCACGGAAAAGGCAAGCGGCAAUACACAGGUAAGAUCUGAUGAUAAUAGUUCUAAGGGUGAGGAAGUUACUGUCAACUGUCACAAUGAAGACAACACAGAACCUAAUUCCGAUGGAAAUAAGACAGAAGACGAAGAGUCGACUGAAAAUAUUAGCGAGUCAAGUUGUCCCACAAGAGCGUCUUUAAGAUCAGAUAGUUCUCUUUCUGAAGAACCUCCUGUAGCUGAAAACGCUUUAGAGGCCAUCAUGGCUACGCUAUCCUUGCCCGAUAACCGCCCGGACACGGUGGAGACUGGAAGCGAUGGUAACGAAAACAUUCCGAGUGGUUCCGAACGAACGUCCGAACUCGUUUCCGCCGAGAACAGAUCUGACUCGGAAGGAAGCGAGGUUGCUUCGGAACAAGUUCGUUACUACAUCGCGUUGUAUAGAUAUGACCCGAUGACUAUGUCGCCGAAUGUGGACGGAGCUGACGAAGAAUUGCCAUUCAAUGAAGGAGACAUUAUCAGGGUGAUUGGCGAUGUGGACGAUGAUGGUUUUCUCUGGGGUGAAUGUAAACUCAAGCAAGGAUUGGUUCCAUCAAAUAUGGUCUCCGAAGUCUAUAUCAACGAAGCAGAAGACUUGUUUAACGAAGAUACCAAUGACGUCAGAUUGCAAAAUGAGCUGAAUUCACAUGACCAAGUCAAUGGGGAACUGGACGUCGAUAUUAUUUCGGAGAAUCUUGGAGAGACUGGAACUAGUGGUGACAGGUUGUCGUUUUGGGAGAAUUUGGAAAGUGAUGAUUUGCGACCAAGAAAGAUGAAAGCUCUGUAUGAUUAUGAUCCAUUGAGCGAUUCUCCUAACGUCGACAGUGAGGUUGAAUUGAAGUUCAAGUCCGGGGAGAUUAUUUUCGUUUUUGGUGAGAUCCACGACGACGGUUUCUUCGAUGGCGAGUUGAAUGGUAUUCGAGGUCUUGUUCCUUCAAAUUUCUUGAAGCCCGUUGAAGAAUUAAACCACGUUGAAUUGCUUGCAAAUGAAAAAAACUCGGAUUCGAAGACAAAAUCACCCUCAAAUGCACAGGAACAGUCACUGAACAACCUCAACCAUAGUCCCACUGAAGAUGGCGGAAUUCCUCACAAGAAAAGAAAGAAUAUUUUCUCCAAGGGAAGGAAAAUGUUUAAGAAAGCUUUCAAGUAGAAAAAGUCACAGGAUACACUUCCGUUGGUAAAGUGUGCGCGUAUAAAUGAUGUAGUCAAUUGAAAGAGACCAAGUUACUGUUUAAGAAGGUUUUAAAACGUAUAUUUUAAUCAAAGAAAAACGGGUAAGCGAAGUAACCUCGAUACUUUUUAAUGUGUCUUUUAUUUAGUUGUUAUAUACUACUUCUUACUACUUCUUAAAAAUACAAGUUGACAUCUAACAAUAUGGCAACUAAUAUUGAAUGUAUUCUUUAAAUGAUCAGAAUUUUACCCGUAGUAUACACCUAUUUAAAAUUCCCAGCACGCCUUAUUCAAACCUCCGAGCCCUCGUUAAACUACAAAUCACUUUUAGCUUUCGUAUAUAUAUUUAAUGCCAGGUUUAAGUUAUGUAAAUAACAACUGUACAGAUAGUGUGUAAAGAAAUGCUAAUCUGACAACUUCACCACGUAAAUUACUUCAUAAACUAGCGUACUUCCAAAAUAUAUCAGCAA